CAUAUCUUGGGUUGGGAGGACUAGCACACGGACCUGCGGGAAGACACACAGCGAGUUGUUCCUAUGGUGCAAGACACAUCCUCGCUCUCUGCGAUAGCCUCGCACUCCACUCCCGUCUGCGCCUCUGUUAAGAGGGAUUACGCACAAGCCGUAUGUCUGGAACUAGUUUAGUUACUGAAUUUUGAGAGAAGAUACGACCGUCUAAUUCUUGGUGAAUCCGAUGAAUGCUUUCUCGCCAUUAUCCGUGAGCAUUGGGUCAUGAUCACAUCGCCCACGGUCUCUGCUCUACGAAAUAGUAAAACAAAUCCAUCUUGGGAAAGCAGCGGUUCUCGGAAUAACAGCACCGCGAACAUAAAUAAACCUUUUCUACACUCCGUUCCUCCCUCGGACCCACUACGGCAAGCUAACCGUCUUCCCAUCAAGGUUUUGAAAAUGCUUACGGCUCGGACGGGACACAUUUUGCACCCAGAAUACUUGCAGCCUUUGCCAUCUACACCGAUUAGUCCAAUUGAGUUGGAUGCCAAGAAAAGUCCUUUGGCUCUCUUGGCACAAACAUGCUCUCAAAUCGGCAAGCCUGAUCCGCCACCCGCUUCUAAGUUGUCCAGUGUAACCUCAAAUGGAUCUAAUGACAAAGAUUCUAAAAGCGGUCCAUUAAAACUAAGUGACAUCGGAGUUGAAGACAAAUCCAGCUUUAAACCUUAUUCAAAAUCGUCAGAGAAGAAGGAUUCAUCCUCGGGGGCGUCUAGUGGAGAGAAAUCUGGUUUCCGUGUGCCUAGCGCCACCUGCCAACCGUUUACUCCAAGGACAGGUAGCCCCAAUUCCAGUACUUCGGCAUCUCCAUUGCCAUCGGAGGGCAAAUUGGGGGAACGCGAGGAUAAGAAAGAGGCAGAAACUAAUAAAAACAGUAUUGCGGACGUGUCUGGAACCACUAGUAUCAGUCACAGCAGGAUAAGCGUUAGUUGCGCUGGAAUUAACGUGGAUGUCAACCAACAAGAGACAACUGGAUCAAAGCCUGUAACGUCAGACUCUACAUCUGUGUCUUCGUCAGCGUCGGUUCUGGGGUCAGGGCUUGUGGCCCCCGUUUCCCCGUACAAACCUGGUCAAACGGUGUUUCCUCUUCCACCUGCUGGUAUGACGUACCCUGGCACCUUGGCAGGCGCUUAUGCUGGUUAUCCUCAACAUUUUCUGCCUCACGGAGGUAGCCUGGUUAAUGCACAACUUGCUAGUUCACUGGGUUGCAGUAAAGCAGGAUCAAGCCCUUUAGCUGGAGCCUCACCGCCAUCGAUAAUGUCUGCAAGUCUUUGCAGAGACCCAUACUGCCUGAGUUAUCAUUGUGCGAGCCACUUGGCUGGAGCUGCCGGUGCCACCUGUACACACGACUCGGCGGCGGCCGCGGCUGCCUCUGCUAUCAAGUCCGGAUAUCCACUAAUGUACCCAACGCACCCUUUACACGGAGUGCACUCCUCGCCGCCAUCUUUUACGGGACACCCUUUGUACCCUUACGGCUUCAUGCUGCCCAACGACCCCUUACCACACAUAUGCAAUUGGGUGUCUGCGAAUGGACCUUGCGACAAGCGCUUUUCCUCUUCCGAAGAACUUCUCAACCACCUGCGGACCCACACCGCUUUCUCUGGAACAGAGAAAUUGUUAUCAGGUUACCCGGGCUCUUCGUCCUUAGCCAGCGCCGCAGCUGCAGCAAUGGCGUGCCACAUGCACAUGCCACCGACAGGACCCCCCGGGAGCCCCGGGACAUUGGCGCUUCGGAGCCCCCACCACGCUUUAGGACUAAGCAGCCGCUACCAUCCAUAUUCAAAGAGCCCUUUGCCAACUCCUGGUGGCCCAGUUCCCGUGCCUGCAGCUACUGGGCCGUAUUACUCCCCGUACGCACUGUACGGGCAAAGACUUACCACAGCCUCAGCGCUUGGAUACCAGUAAAAAGAAACAGACCGAAAAAGAUAAAUAUAGACUUUUACAUUAACUGUCCGCUUAAGGACCGGAUCCGUGGACUUGCUGUAUUUAUUUAUGUUAGCUUCAAGCGAGGACAACAGAUAU